AUGAGAUUAGUGGGCAGCAAAGAAGAUGAACAGAUCUGGCGAAGUAAAGUACCAACACUGGGUCCGUUCUGCCUGUUGCUGUGGGAUGAUCCAUUGAACACAAGAUUGAAAGUAAACAUCGAACUCUACCGUGGCGCCAAUCUAACACCGGAGCAGAUCACGAAUUAUGAAGAAAUGACCAAGAAACAGGGUGAAUAUGGCUCUUUUCAAGGCUUUUCGUCUUGCAGUCGCAGUCGUGCGAAAGCACAAGCCUUUGGUAAUGCAUUGCUUAUCAUGCAAGUGCAGAUGGCUUUCAUCGCCGAUUUAACUCCAUUCUCUGAGUAUCCUGAUGAAGAAGAAGAGCUCGUCACACCAGGCGUUUGCUUUCGUGUGCUUCGCGUGGACUUCGAUCGCAAGAAUAAACAACAUCUGAUAUAUCUGGAACUUCGACAACGCUGGUCUAAUGCAGACCAAUCUCAUCUACAAAACAACUCAACGUCAAAUCGAACUAAGGAUGCCUAUGAUGCUGCUGCUGAUGAUGAUGAUGAUCUUGCUGCUCGUGAUGAGGAUCUUGAUGAUGAUCUUGAUGAUCUUGAUUAUCUUCGUGAUCUUCGUAGUACUCGUGCUCGUACUCGUGAUGCUCUUGGUGGUCUUCGUCGUCGUCAUGAUCGUCUUGCUGCUCUUCGUGAUCUUCGUGAUGCUGCUCUUGCUGAUCUUGCUGAUGCUGCUGAUCGUCGUCUUCUUAAUGAUGCUGGUCUUGAUGAUCGUCUUGAUCGUCUUGCUGCUGAAUAUGAUCGCGACGGUCGGUGUAUCAAAAAUAACUAA